CUCGCUCGCCCAGGCCGGGACACCGGCUCUGCGGGAUCUCGGAGCUCAGCGCGAAUCCCAGGGCUGGUUCCCAAGGGCAGAGAGCCAGCCUGGCGUUCCAGGCACUGUCUGGAAGCUGUGCCACCUCCGCAGCCCUUUCUGAGGCUGUUAGCAGAGAGCCCCACCGGCCGGGGAGAGGUGGGACGGUGGCGAUGGCCUCUCAGCGUCCUCUGGGCGUAGGCAUUCGUCGCCGGGCGGCUGGGGCGCCCUCGGCUGUGGCCCCGGGUGGAGGAGAGGAGUUUCCGGGGCUCGGGUCCCUGCAGCCGUCCCGGGGAAGGAGCGCGGAAGCGAGUGGGCGGCGAGAGGCGGAGCCAGGGACGCGGGGGGCGUGGACGCGGCCGGCUUUGGAAAGGCCCCAAGUUAAUGAGGCGUGCGUCGGCGGCGGAGCGCCUUUCGGUGCUGGGCUUCUCCGCGCGGUGCGGGCGCCGGGAGCCGCCUUUUCCGCUGGGUGUCACUCGGGGGUGGGGGGGAUGGCCCAUUCAAAAGCGCCGCGAGGGGGCCCGGCCAGUGCCCUUCAGUGAGCGCUCGCAAGAGGACGGCAGCGGCCCGGCGGCUCGCCGCUGCGGGACCUUGUGGCGCAUCAGGACGCGGCUGCCCCCCUGCCCGGACCCCGAACGGCCGCCGCUCUGCCUCCUGCGCGUCAGCCUCCUCUGUGCGCUCCGGCCGGGCGGCCGCGGGAGCCGCUGGGGCGAGGACGGCGCGCGGCUGCUGCUGUUGCCCCCGGCCCGGGCGGCGGGAAGUGGAGAGGCCGAGCCGAGCGGCGGGCCCCCCUAUGCUGGGAGGAUGUUGGAGAGCAGCGGAUGCAAGGCGCUGAAGGAGGGUGUGCUGGAGAAGCGCAGCGACGGGCUGCUGCAGCUCUGGAAGAAAAAGUGCUGCAUCCUCACUGAGGAGGGGCUGCUGCUUAUCCCACCCAAGCAGCUGCAACACCAGCAGCAGCAGCAGCCCGGGCAGGGGCCGGCUGAGCCCUCCCAACCCGGAGGCCCCGCUGUGGCCAGCCUCGAGCCGCCGGUCAAGCUCAAGGAAUUGCACUUUUCCAACAUGAAGACCGUGGACUGUGUGGAGCGCAAGGGCAAGUAUAUGUACUUCACUGUGGUGAUGGCCGAGGGCAAGGAGAUCGACUUUCGGUGCCCGCAGGACCAAGGCUGGAACGCCGAGAUCACGCUGCAGAUGGUGCAGUACAAGAACCGUCAGGCCAUCCUGGCGGUUAAGUCCACACGGCAGAAGCAGCAGCACCUGGUUCAGCAGCAAACCCCGCAGCCGCAGCCCCAGCCCCAGCCUCAGCUCCAGUCCCAGUCCCAGCCGCAGCCCCAAGCCAAGCCCCAGCCCCAGCCCCAGCAGCUCCACCCAUAUCCGCACCCGCACCCGCACCCACUACCGCACCAGCACCAACAGCCGCUCUCGCACCCGCACGGCCACCGGCUUCUCCGCAGCACCUCCAACUCUGCCUGAAGGGGGCAGCACCCGGGCCAGAUAAGGUUUUGAGGACUCGAGGAAGUGGGACUAGCACCUUUCUAGUGUCUUCACUUGGAUCCAAAACAAGACAGUCUCCCCGCCCCUCACCAGAUCAAGCCGUUUGGACAUCACCAGACUGAUAACUUUCGAUUCCUUAGUUUUCUGCAUACUCUUCAUGGCAAUGCAGGAAACCAUCUCUAGUCCAGAAGGCUUUAUUUAUGAACCUUUGAAAGGAUCUUCCAGUAUGGUGGACCUUGUAGGAGCAAUGAUGUACUGUAAUUUUAUUUUAAUGUAUUUUGACUUAAGGUUAUUUAUUAGUUUUUUUUUAAUGCUUGUUCUAAGACAUUUCUGAAUGUAGGCCAUUUUCCAAAAAGAAACUUUAUUUUCAAAAAACCAUUCCCUAGUAAGUUCUAAUCUUGGAAAAGCAAAAAGUAAAAGGGCAGUGGAGGGGAAAACAUUAAGAAUUCAUUCAUUAUUCCUGGGGCAUUUUCAGAAAGUCUGACACAUUCAUUGUUAUGCCCGGUGGUUGAAAUUAAACUCUGAUAUUACUUUU